GGGCGGGUCUCCAGGAAAAGUACUUCCACCCAGAGAAAGAGGGGCGUCCUUACAGUGGAACUGCCCCUCCCAUGGUCCGGCCCACUCCGGGGGGCGCCUCAGCGGGAGUGCUGCGGGGACCCCGGAGGUUGAAAGCUAAGCAUGGGGAAGAGCUGCAAGGUGGUCGUGUGUGGCCAGGCAUCUGUGGGCAAAACCUCAAUUCUUGAGCAGCUCCUGUACGGGAAUCAUGUUGUGGGCUCUGAGAUGACCGAGACCCAGGAGGACAUCUAUGUAGGCUCCAUCGAGACAGACCGAGGGGUGCGGGAGCAGGUGCGGUUCUAUGAUACGCGGGGUCUCCGGGAUGGGGCCGAGCUGCCCAAGCACUGCUUCUCCUGCACUGAUGGCUACGUCCUGGUCUACAGCACAGACAGCCGAGAAUCGUUUCAGCGCGUCGAGCUGCUCAAGAAGGAAAUCGACAAGUCCAAGGACAAGAAGGAGGUCACCAUCGUGGUCCUUGGCAACAAGUGUGACCUACAGGAGCAGCGUCGUGUGGACCCUGACGUGGCCCAGCACUGGGCCAAGUCAGAGAAGGUGAAGCUAUGGGAGGUCUCAGUGGCGGACCGCCGUUCCCUCCUGGAGCCUUUCAUCUACCUGGCCAGCAAGAUGACCCAGCCCCAGAGCAAGUCUGCCUUCCCCCUCAGCCGCAAGAACAAGGGCAGUGGCUCCUUGGAUGGCUGAAGAGCUGCCCUUCUUUCUUCACCAUUCCAGCCCCAUUCCAGGAUGGGUUGAGGGCACAGGGGUGCAUAGGCUGUUCUUCCCAGUGAGUAGGGAACGGCCCUCUAAGCCAGGAGACCUGGCUGGCCCAGGCCAGUGCCACUCUUGUCCUCUCUUAACUCCAAGAAGUGCAAGUGAACCCGAUUACUGGCCCUCCCCUUGAGCCUUCCAUAAUAGUCCCCGCCCCACUCCCAGCUCACAGCAUAUUUUCUCCUGUCACCUGGACACUCAUGGGUUAGUGUCUCUCCCAUCUGCCUGGUUCAGGAGGCAGGGCUGUCAUGCCAAAGUGCCCAGUCCAGGGUCCGGCUCCUAUCAGGGAUCCCAACUCUCUGAAUUUCCUGCCAGUAACACACACACAGCACCAGCCUGGGCUUGGGAAGGCGUGACCAGGCAUUGCGAGCGCACAGUUUUACAUGCUGGCUUAAGGUUGGUUCCUCGUCCUUUACUCUGAUCUUUCCCCUGGCCUGUCCAAGGCUGGAAAAAGCCAGGCUCCUGGGAGUGUCAUUUUCUGUUUGACCUCUACCAGUCUCCCAACUGUUUUGCUUCCUCUUCCUGUUCCGGGAGCAGAGGUCUCAUUGGCUGAGGUAGAGUGGAGUGGUGACUGAGCAGUUGCCCUGUGACUUAGCCAGGUCAUUCUUUGGGUGUCAGUUUUCUCAUCUGUGAGUUGACAGAAGCUUGGAUGAUUAUUUAGGGCCUUGGCUGCUCUGUGAUUUUCUAAGGCAUGUGGCUAGGGCCUCCUAUGUCUCUGCCCCUGCUCCACCCUCUUCAAGGUGCUACACCUACCAGCCCUGGAGGCUGGGAAGCCUCUCCUAACCACCAGGGGGCAGGAGCGCACUCUGUGCUCAGUGGCCCAAGUGGCACAGUCUGUAGCCCUGUCCUCAGGGUUAGUGUCCACCCCUCCUGGUUUUUUUUGGCUAGUAGCUGGACUUAUAUUUAUAUUCUCUGUAUUUAUAUGCCUGCUGCCCUGGUGAAGGUGGGAUAAGCUGCUCCUCUAGCCCUUCCUUCUUACCUCAGAUGCCUGGAGAGAACCAGGCAAACCAGUAGCAGCUUCCUAGGAGCUGAUAGGCCUUGUGUCCCGGGGCUUGGUCUAUCAAGUGAGCUUAUAACCCAUGACGUCUGGUGCCACUCUGUGCUUCUGAUGUGCACGCCUCACCUGAGUUAGACACUACAGCCAGGCCGCCUCCCAUGCCCACCCCUCUUCCCGGGAACAGGGGAGAGAGGGCUGGUGCCCAGGGCUGGGUAAGGGCAGUCAGGGCAUCGACAGGCUCGGGCUUGAAGUUCAUUUAUUGAUGUGUUGGACACAAUAAAACCACAACUGCUGUUAU